AUGCAAGAUACUGCCAAUCCUAAUCCACCGGUUCACGCCUUCGCUUUCUGUCUUGGCCAAACGGAUGGCGAAGGGGAAGAAGCGUGCAUCUUAAUCUGGUGGCGGAUGUUGAGGGUGAUUUUUAGUGGUUUGUAGGGCUUUAACGGUUAAAAAGUGGUAAUGUUUGGAAGUUUUGGAGGUUUUUAAGGGAAAAUUGAUUGGAAAAAAAGUUUUUGCCGUUUUUAAAAGAUUUUUAAAAAGUUUGCAUUAAAAUUGACUAUGCCUUACCCUUUAGUUUAAGGCACAGUAUGUCAGGGCAGAGUAAGUUUGAGCAGGGGAUGGAAAAAUUAAUUAAAAUUUUUAAAAAUCAAUACUGUGUAGACACAAUGUAAAUUGUUUUAUAGAUGCAAGCAGCGCAGAAAGGGUCUUGCCAAGCGGGGUAUGGCUAUGACUAAGACUGGAGAUGGGGCUAGGGCUAAAGCUAUAUCAAGGCAGGGUAGGGCUCAGUAGGGCAGGUAGAACAGACUUAGGGCUAAGGCAAGGCAAGGCAAAGUAAUUAACUUUACACCUUGUCCCAACAAGUUCUGAAUGUACUAUUAAGAAGGCGGUAAUUACAAUUUAAUUUGACUGUUUGUAAUGUCAUUUCGUAUACAUUCCUGCUAUUUAAAAGUGCGUGCCGACUGAAAUUGGCAGGUAUUUUGACCAAAACUUUGUCUGUUUUUACUUUUUUUUUACUAUUUUUAGCUGUUUGUAAAGAAAUUUCUUUCCAUUUUUUGUUUUAUAAAUAAAGUUCUUGCCAUUUAUUGUUUUGUAAAGAAAGUUCUUGCCAUUUCUUUUUUUGUGAAGAAAGUUCUUGCCACUUCUUGUUUUGUAAAGAAAGUUUUUGCCAUUUUUGUUUAGUAAAGAAAGUUCUUGCUAUUUUUAAGCUAUUUUUAGCUAUUUCAGCGAUUUUUAAAAAGCCAAUAAUUUUUGUGACAUUCCGUCACAUUUUUCAAACACUUAAUUUUUUGAUAUUUUAAACAGUAUUUUAUGUUUUUAAAGUUUGUAAAAUACGUUUUGGGUAUCUAUUGGGAAUAAUUUUGAUAAAAUUAGUACACAUUUAAUGUCACAACAUACAUUUACAGCUUAUAAAUUGGUUAAAAGUAGCUCUUUACUACAAUUUUUGCAAGUUUUAGCCAUUUGAAAACAACUUUUUUAAUCACUUUAUAGUUUUAUAUUGUAUAUAUGUCUAUUUUUGUUACUUCCUACAAUUUUCUCGCUAUACUUGAUAUAGCUUUGUAUCAUAAAACUUCAAAAACAGUUAUAUUAUAGUAGGUUUGGGGGCUGUAAAGUGGUGUUUUAUAUUGUUUUACCUAUUUUUAUAUGACUAAUGUUGUUUAAAAUGUCAUUUCUAAGCCUAUUGACAUUUAUUUUUGGUCUACUGCUUGUUAAGUGACAUUUUAUACGAUGAAACGUGUACAGGCCAUUAACUAUGCUCAAGUACCUACUAUAAUAUAAUUUUAUUCCAGAUACAAAUGGAGCUGGUGACGGAAGCUCCAGCGGCCGAACAGCCCUUCGAAAUGGGCCAAGAUGGAGACCUAGUGGUACCAGAAAGACUAAUUUCCGAUUGGAUAGAAAUGGCUCUACUAACAAUGAUGAUCACCAUUGGUGCACCCUUAAAUGCCUUGACGUUGUUUAGGCUUAAUCGACAGCUCAGGAAGCAGAAAAGCAGUGCUAGGACUAAGGUAUGUUUAUCCACUCUUAUAUACUGUACCCUACCGUAUCCUACCCUACUCUACCCUACUGUACCCUACCGUACCCUACCCUACCCUACCCUACCCUACCCCACCCUACCCUACCCUACCCUACCCUACCCUACCCUACCCUACCCUACCCUACCCUACUAUACUCUACUCUACCGUACUUUACCAAAACCGGCCCUACCGUACUUUAAUUUUUCCUGCGUUACUAAAAAUUACAGUAACCCUUCAAUUUCAGCAAGAAGCAGCCCGAACCUCAUUCAUCUGGCUUAAGAUCCAUCUUACAGUAAUCGACCUUAUCGUAAUCCUGAUCUACUGCCCCUCGCACAUUGGCUGGCUGAUCAGCUAUACCUGGAAUGGUGGCGAGUUUAUGUGCAAGGCAGUACAGUACGCAUGGGACUUUUGUUUCCACUUAAUGUCAUUUGGAGUGGUCGGAAUUGCGGUCGAUCGGCUUCGGACGGUCUAUCGGCUUAUGCACAUUGAGAAGAACGGCCAACGUGCUUCGAUCAGGCCUAACGAUCAGCUUCGGUUUGUUAGGGUGAGUUUAAUAGUGUAAUUACUUAAGUAUAAUAGUAUACUUACUAUGUAAUAGGCUUUACUUUACUAUGAAAUUUUAUAUUUGAGUAAAACCAUUCACUAUAUACAAUUAAAAAUGGCAUUCGUUGAGCCGCGUCAAAAAGAAUUGAACUUUUUUGCUAUACAAAUGCACUGAAAAUAGAUCAAUUCUUUUUGACGCGGCCAAAAAACUUUAUCAAAUAAUUUUAAGAUAUUCUAUGGACUUUUUGACCGCCUUUUUUAUACUUUUUAACUUUAUUCUACAUACUUUUUGACCUUAUUUUCAAAACUUUUGGCGUUUUUUGGCUAUUUUUGCCUAAUUUUGCCCAAAUUUUACGAUUUUUUACCACUUUCUACGAAUUUUUUGACUGCUAUAACAAAUAAAAACAAAAAUCUUUGUUAGCAUAACAUUCUCCAUACUAUAAUGCAUAAAAAUGGCUAUUUGCACGUUCCUAAUCCCAAAAAACAAAGCGGAAAACAACAAUAUAAUUGGAUGGUACUCGCGGAUACUGAAACUUUCAAUGUUUAGACAAUCUUUUUUAUAUUACUCAUGACGAAAUAGCAUGACAAAGUUUGCUAGGAAGCUUAUGAGGAAGUAGAACUUGAUAUUGACAUAAACAGAUGUUACUAAUAUAGUAUAUAAUUGGCUUAAAAAGUGUGAUUUUGGGCCGCGUCAUAAAGAAUUGGAUAUUUUUGCUAUGGAAAUGAUAGGAAAAUAGGUCAAUUCUUUUUGACGCUAUCUUAAAAAUAAAAAACAUUUUUUAAUAACGAUUUUAAUGUAAAAUACGAGGGGUGAAAUGUAGUUAUUAAAAAUUUUUUUAAAAAAAUUACAGUAUCAAAAGUUACAGUAUCUUUACUUUUCAGAAAUUGAUCAUGAGCUGUUACAUGGGAGCGGCCAUGUUCUCCGUACCACAAUGGUUUGUGUGGACCACGGUGAACAUGAAAACGUGGAGUCAAUGUACUACAAUAUGGCACAAACUUAGAGCUUUACAAUAUCUGCACAAUCAGGAGAUUACGGUAGGUAUAGACACAUGAUUGCAGGAGUUACAGUUGGACUACCGUAACCUACCUUAACGUACUGUACCUUACAGUACCUUACUGUAUUCUACUGUGGUACACCAUACUCUACCCUACCCUACCCUACCCUACCCUACCCUACCCUACCUACCCUACCCUACUAAAAAUUACAGUAAUCUUAUGUUUUUAGGAAAGUUACAUUGGAGAACGACUGUACACAAUGUUCCAUUUGCUUACUGUAUUCUGGUUCCCUUUCAUCAUACUGUUUGUAGCCUACUUGUAUAUUGUAGUAUACUUGUUCUGCUACUCAUUACGACCGUAUUCAAUAUCGACCGGUGGGCCUGGUACUCUUUUCAGAAUGGGAUCAGAAACUGAUUCGAAUUUGAAGUAAGUGGUUACUGUAAUAUUAUUUUUAUUAUUAUUAUUAAAGGUAGGGUAGAGUAGGGGUAGGAUGGGGUAGUUUUAAGUUAUGGUUCAAAAAAAUUUUUUUUAGUUUAAACCUCUGGCAAAAUGCGAGUACACCCCCAAACUCAUGUCUAAAUGGCUCAGUAAAGACAUCUUUAACUACAACUACCAUCCAAGCCCCAGCAUGGCGGAUGGAAAUGAGGUCCAAGAUGUUCCGUACUACUGUGUAUGUCAUAGCCGCUUAUUUGAUAUGCUGGAUGCCAUACAACGUACUGGCGUUGGCAACAUUCUUCUCCGGCGAACUUCAGAUUCUGAUUUCAAUGCAUUUGGAGCUGAUUCGAGUUUGUGUUCUACUGAACACCGUACUCAAUCCUUUUAUUUAUGGCUUUAGGGACAGUAAUUGA